GUCAUCUUCCCACAUGGCCGGAGCCACCUCGGCGUUAACAAAAUCAUGGCGUUGAGAUCCUCGACAGCGACGUCGCUCCUCUCCAGAACCCUCCGCCACCGCCUGCACGCCACCUCCUCCCCCUACCUCCUCCUCGAACCGUCCGCGCACCGCAUCCCCCGCGUCCAAUCGCGCGCCGCGUCCUCCGGCGGAGCGGAUCCUCCCACGGGCCAAGAACCGGCGCCGGCGCCGCCCAUGGACUCCCCGACGAUCAAGGUGGUGUCCCACCUCCGCGACGUCGGCGGCGGCGCGCCGAUCGACGCGGGCGGGUCGGCGCGGAAGCCGCUCAGCCUGUGGCCCGGGAUGUACCACUCGCCGGUCACCAACGCGCUCUGGGAGGCGCGCUCCAGCAUCUUCGAGCGCAAGAUGGACGUCGGGGCCGCGGGCGCCGCGGCAGGGCCGCAGACGGAGCUGCUCACCAAGACGCCCGCGCAGAGCCGCACCGCCAUCGCAUACAAGUUCGCCGCCGACGACAUCCUCCGCGAGCAGUACCGGGACGCAUGGAACGAGGUGCGCAUCGGGAAGCUGCUCGAGGACCUCGACGCACUCGCAGGAACCAUCGCCGUCAAGCACUGUUCUGAUGAAGAUAGCACAACACGACCGCUAUUGUUAGUUACUGCGUCUGUGGAUAAGAUGGUCUUAAUGAAGCCAAUUCGUGUGGACACUGAUUUAAAGAUUGCUGGGGCUGUUACUUACGUUGGCCGCUCUUCUAUUGACAUACAGAUUGAAGUGACUCAGGUUGAUCAAGAUAGUCUUGGUAGUGAUAAGGAUUCAGAUCCAAUUGCAUUGACAGCUAACUUCACAUUUGUGGCACGAGAUUCAGUGACUGGAAAGUCUGCUCCAGUGAACCGCCUUUCUCCAGAAACUGAAAGAGAGACUCGGCUAUUUGAAGAGGGGGAAGCACAGGAUAAACUGAGAAAAAAGAAAAGAGAGGAACAGAAGGCAAUGCAUGGAAAUGUGUUGCAUAAGUUUCAUGCUGAGGCUGAGAGGCUGAAUGCUUUACUGGCCGAGGGUCGUGUUUUCUCAGAUUUGCCUGCGCUGGCUGACAGAGAUAGCAUCUUGUUGCGGGAUACUCGCCUGGAGACCUCUCUUAUCUGCCAGCCUCAACAAAGGAACUUGCACGGACGGAUAUUUGGAGGUUUCUUGAUGCACCGAGCAUUUGAGCUCGCCUUCUCAACUGCUUAUGCCUUUGUUGGCCAGAGACCUUGUUUUCUUGAGGUGGACCAUGUUGACUUCUUAAAGCCAGUGGAUGUAGGAGACUUUCUUCGAUUCAAAUCAUGUGUCUUGUACACCCAGCUUGAGAAUAAAUGGCAGCCCCUGGUAAAUGUCGAGGUCGUCGCUCAUGUAACAAGGCCCGAGCUCCGAAAAAGCGAGAUCUCCAACACAUUUCACUUCACCUUUUCGGUCAGCAGCGAUGCACUGAAGAACGGAUUGACGAUCCGCAAUGUUGUUCCCUCAACUGAGGAAGAGGCGCGUCGUAUAUUAGAGCGCAUGGAUGCAGAGGGCUUGUUCGAUUGAUCCUUCGGCAGAGCCUCCGGUUUUUCAGCCAUUCGCUAGCAUUUUCUUUACAGGCCAUACUAACUAGUGGAAAAUGUACCCCAUGAUCCGAACAUCAGCAGAUAAGUAUUGGAAGUAUCAAUGUACCAUGCUGGCAAUAGAGCGGCAAAAAUGUAGCUCUAUGGUACCAACAUUUGGCGUUUCUUUUGGGAAAGUAUCUGGAGUAUAUAUAGCAUAUAAUAACCUCAACCUCGAGACGCAAAAAUGUGCCUUUUAGUGUAGACACUUUCCAUUGAUUACAUAAUGGCAGGUCCAGUGUGUAAUAAUUAUAAUUGCUAAUGCAUCAUGGCAUGUCGCUUAAA